UCGUCGCUGUUGACUCACUACUCGUCGGUGAAGGCAGGGGCGGUGACUAUAAGCCUAGGGUCCUGUGGAUCUUUAGCGUACUCCGCGGAGAACCAGAACCCUCUGCUCCCGAGAGACUUGAAAGUUGAAGAAGGACAACUAACAGUCUUUUGGAUAAACAGAUUAUUUGCUGCUGUGGAUGAUAUAUUUUGUUUAUUCCAAGGGCAUAUUGAAAAUAUUCCACAUCUGAAGCAACAAUAUGGAUUGAGCAAAACUGCCAAUGAAGCUAUCAUCGUCAUUGAAGCUUACAGGACAUUAAGAGAUAGAGGUCCUUAUCCUGCAGAUCAGGUUGUAAGAGACCUCAAUGGAAAGUUCGCAUUUAUUCUGUUUGAUAGCUCAUCAAAAUCAACCUUCAUUGCCGCUGAUGCAGAUGCUAGUGUCCCUUUCUUCUGGGGAGCUGAUUCAGAAAACCACCUGGUUCUUUCUGACGACGUAGAAAUUGUAAAGAAGGGCUGUGGGAAAUCCUUUGCACCGUUCCCUAAAGGUUGCUUUUUCACAACUUCAAAGGGGUUGCAAAGUUUUGAGCAUCCGUUGAAUGAGGUGAAGCCAGUUCCCAGGGUGGAUAGCCAAGGGCAAGUCUGUGGUGCUAAUUACAAGGUCGAUGCACAGGCAAAAAGGGAUGGUUUAGGAAUGCCCAGGGUUGGAAGCGCAGCAGAUUGGUCCUCUCACUACUAACCUGCAAGUAUAAUCUAACUGGGUCUCCUUAUGGUUUUGCCAAUUUGUAUCUUGCUACUAUUGUUCAUUACUUCAUCUGCGUAUAUCUUUAUUUCCCGCAUCGUUUAAAGACUGUACAUGCUUAAUCAUGACUUAUUAUUGCAUGUAACAUUUAUCGUGAUGUGAUUCUGCUCCUUUGUUCAAAAAUAAAAUUGAAAGCUUUUCAGGCUUAAUGUGUGUUUUCUUAUAUGUAUAAUUCCGCCU